AUGCAUACAUAUCAACUUCUAUUUCUAUUCACCUGGACUAAACUUUGCGUCCUCGGCCUCAACCUUCAGUACGAUGAAUUCUAUUCAAAGUCUUUUGUUCCCAAUGAUAUCUUUGUCAGCUACAGCGUUGAAAAUAUGGAGGAACUCAACUAUAAUAUGACUGUGAGGGAACAAUUUCCUGGAAAAUUGUUAAUGCAUGUCUUUGCUCGCCGGUUGGAUAAUGUUCCAGGCGGAUCAAAGACCGUGGAGAUGAUAAAAAUGAAGAAUUUAGAUUUCUGUAAAACACUCGAGUCGCUGCGCAAUUUAACCUUAGAUGAUCUACAAGGGGAGUCUUUAAUGCCAUCGACAUUUUUGAUGUCCUGUCCGUUGACACCGGGUUUCUAUUAUGUGGAUCGUGGAUCUAUUGAUGUUAAUCUGUUUCCACUGCGCCUUGAGGAUGGCAGAUAUUUGGUGCAAUUCGAAUUGAUUCAGGUCUAUGAUGAGGUCAUCAAAUUACUCAAUUGUAAAAUCAAAUUGAGAAAGAAGAAAAGUGAAGAGCCACCUAAAAAGGAGGAUUUAUUUUCCUCAGAGGAGAAAACUUAGAAAAAUAAUACUUACACAAAAUAUUUAUGUAUUUACAUUCUAAUAGAGUAUUACUGUACCCACUAUAUUAUCCGGCUUGCUUUUUGGAUAUCUUGUUUAGCCACUGGAUGAGUUGUAAUUUAUAGGGAAGAUAGCUGGAAUCAAGCGCUGGACUUGAACUAAAAACACAGUUUUAACUAAGUAAGUAAAAGCACAGAGAUAAAUUAUGCGAAAGCGGAGCAUACACAAAACCCGAAUACGAAUAUGUAUCUGAUAAAUCAUACCUAAAAGAAGAAUCUCCAUGCACGGGACCAUAAAUUUAAGUACGAGUAUUUUUAUUGCAGUUCGCCUGUUUGUACCAACAAAUA